AUGACCGACCAGCUGCCUGUCAUUAAGAUACUUCAAGGCGACUGCGAGAUGAAGAUCGUGGGCAAGGAAACGAAGCAUACCGCCUCUGACGCCAAGAACAGGCUAGAAAGUGGGGAGACAGCCGCCUCGGAGGGAGCAUUCCCGCAUGACGCGGUAGCAGUUACGGUGAAUGAUAUGCAAGUGUCAGUUGCGAACGUCACCUUUAGUAUGAUGGGACGUGCGACCAACUACGGCGAUGAUGUAAUGGCGGAAGAAGGUGAGGAGGAGACUGCCAGAGCGUCCAGAUACGACGUUCAGCCUCAGGAGAAGUAG